AUGUUUCAGGCGGCGCAGCGGUACGCUCUGUCGGGGGUGCAGGAGCAGACGCUGCAGGCGAUGAUCCGGACGAUCUCUGUGGUGGAUGACGGGUUUGACUUGUUCCAAAUGCGGAAGGCGUCGUACCGCGAGACGACGUCUGCGUUUUGCCGAAAGUGUAUCGAGUUUGACACGCAGCUCCGCGAAGGGACGGGGGUGGUGCAGCUUUGCCGCGAGCAGUGCACGAUGCGGGUGGCUGAUCUGGAGCGUCUCGUUGGAGGUGGAAGUGUGGAACUGGUUGGGCGUUACUCGGUGCCGGAGCGGUGGGGCGACAUUUUGAUGUGUAUUGUACUCUAUCUGCGGCAACAGGAAGAGUUUUGUUGAGGAAUGGGUUGGAGCAGGCGGCGGAUUGUUCUAGUGAGUGUAUGCCUCCGCGAUGGUCGAUGUAGUAUGCGCAAUGUUUGAAUGUUUGGAUAAAGCGAUGAACACGCAAUGAGCACGCAA